CAUAUGGGCCUAUAAAUAGCGUAAACCAACGACCUUUUCGGUUUCUAAAGCAGCGAAAUGCGCGUGGUUUCUUUGACCCUGAAACGGCAGGAAGUUAACACGAAAUUAUUUUUUCCAGUUUCUUCAUCGGAAAUUAGCCAGAGAAAAGACAGAUUAUUCAAACGACAACCUGUCUCGAAUUUAUUGUGGUAUUUUGCCAGCGACAUUGGUCAACAAUACCAUUUCAUUUGGUCCACGUUACAUUACUCAGAUUACUAUUUAUGGCUAAGCAACAUAGUCAGUUCUUCUCCUUGGAUCUUCAAACAUACUUUUGACCCUAAUUAAUUGUACUUUAAAGAUUUGUUUGCUUUCUUACACGUUCAAAGUAUUGAAUUGCACUAUGUAUCAAGCACAAGAAACAUAGUGAAUUGAACUUUACCAUUUAUUAAUAGAUUUGUUUUGUUUUCAAGCCCAAUUAUUAUAGAUUUUGUACUAAAAUUCGAAGAAGAGGAGAGGUCAUAUGAUAGCAUUAAAAGAGUUUCCACACUAUUCAAAAAAUUCCCCUCCAAAGUCCCAAAAACGCAUGGAAGUCGAAAGAACACUCUGUUUCUCUCGUGAUUCUCAUUAAUACAUUCCUCUCUCUCUCACUCUCUUUUUCUUCAAUCCCGAUGGACGACGGUGGAAGAGCGAGAGCAGGUUGCAUCAGGAUCAGGUAUCUUUCUCCACGGAGAGUCAUGGCUCGGUUGUUUCCCUCACCGGUCAAGGUCAAAGGGAAGAAGAAGGCUAUGUCCGAAGAACGUGUAAGAGACUGUGACUGCGCGAGGAUCAUAAAUGAUCAUAAUGGAGUUCCCCAACUUUCAGAAUCGCCGCCAGGGACAAUCUAUUCCGAACUGCGAAGAAGGGAGCUUUUGUUCAGCAUUGGGAUGAGUUGUUACUUGUUGCAUCUGAUUGCUACUGGAAGAGAAGAGAUUCACAAGAUAGUCGAGCUACGUAACGAUAUAGAGAAGCUUCUUGAGUGCAAGAACGAUGAAAUGAGGCGUAAACAGCAAGAGUUUGUUGAGUUAAGGAACGAAAUAGACAAGUUAUUACAAAAUCACAAUGAUGAUUUGAGGCGAAAACAACAACAACGGUUUGCCUCUGGGAAGCCAGAGCAGUGUGGAACCACAAGUGACGUUGUGGAAACUUCUAGUGAUAGCUAUUACUCUCCACAGUUAAUGGAGACAUCUUUGUCUGUUGGAGGAGGUGAAGGUUGUUUUAAACGCUAUGCGUUUAAGGGAAAGGGAGAAGAUAUUGGAGGAGACAUGGAUCAGCUUGAAGCAGAACUUGAAGCUGAGUUUGAGCUUCUUCAGAUUGGUCACAACCAAGAGAAGAGUGAAGAAGAUUCAAGAGGAAUAAAGCCAUUGGAGGAACAACAACAAGGAGUGUGUCCUUAUGAGCUAGAGAGAAAGCUACAUGAGCUAAUGGAGACAAGACAAGAAGCGAAGAUAAAGGAAUUGAAGACUGCAUUGGAAGAUGCUAAGAAAAGGCUACAUGUGAAGGAGGUUGAAGCUUCUUGGUGGAAAGACACUGCUUGCAUUGUCUCUGAACAUGUUCCUCAACCUUCUAGAAUCAACCACAGCUCUCAAACUCGUCAGUACCCUCUCUCUAGGUAAUAAAAUUGUUUUUUUCAAGUUUUAUUACACAACAAGAAUGUCUGUAUUUUUUGUGGAUAAACAACAUGUUAUUAUUUAAUGGAUCCUUUAUUUUUUCAA